GCCGGUCGGUGGGCCAUGGAGGGGCGGGGCGGCGCGGCCAUUGGCCAAGGCGGGCCGCGCGGGCGGGGCGUCUGCUCUGGGGCGGCCCUGGGAAACUGGAGGCCGGCGGGUUGGGGUUGGGCCCGGCGGCUGCUGUGGCCGCUCACAACUGUCGGACCUGUCUCUUCUCUCUCGGCUGUCUCGGCUGUCCGAGCUGUCGGAGCUGUCGCUGCUGUCUCGGCUGUCGGAGUCGCUUCCUGCUCCUGGACCAUGGCCGCCGCGCCCCUGAGAGUGUGCAUUGUGGGCUCGGGCAACUGGGGCUCAGCCGUGGCCAAAAUCAUCGGCAAUAAUGUCAAGAAGCAUCAGAAGUUUGCCCCGAUGGUCAAGAUGUGGGUCUUUGAGGAAACGGUGAACGGACGGAAACUGACGGACAUCAUCAAUAACGAUCACGAGAACGUGAAGUACCUCCCUGGGCACAAGCUGCCUGAAAAUGUGAUCGCCGUCCCCAGCCUCAGCGACGCCGUUGGAGACGCAGACCUCCUGGUCUUUGUGAUCCCUCACCAGUUCAUCCACAGGAUCUGCGACGAGAUCACCGGGCGGGUGCCCAAGAAGGCGCUGGGGAUCACCCUCAUCAAGGGGAUCGAUGAGGGGCCCGAAGGGCUCAAGCUCAUUUCGGACAUCAUCCGAGAGAAGAUGGGCAUCGACAUCAGCGUGCUGAUGGGGGCCAACAUCGCCAACGAGGUGGCCGCCGGGAAGUUCUGCGAGACCACCAUCGGCAGCAAGGUCAUGGAGCACGGGCUUCUCUUCAAGGAGCUCCUGCAGACCCCGAACUUCCGCAUCACCGUGGUGGCCGACGCCGACACCGUGGAGCUGUGCGGGGCGCUCAAGAACAUUGUGGCGGUGGGAGCCGGCUUCUGUGAUGGGCUCGGCUGUGGGGACAACACCAAGGCCGCCGUCAUCCGCCUGGGGCUCAUGGAAAUGAUCGCCUUCGCCAAGAUCUUUUGCAAGGGCCAGGUGUCCACGGCCACCUUCCUGGAGAGCUGCGGCGUGGCCGACCUGAUCACCACGUGCUACGGGGGCCGCAACCGGAGGAUAGCCGAAGCGUUUGUCAAGACCGGAAAGACCAUCGAGGAGUUGGAGAAAGACAUGCUAAAUGGCCAGAAGCUGCAGGGACCUCAGACUUCUGCAGAAGUGUAUCGCAUCCUCAAGCAGAAGGGACUCCUGGACAAGUUCCCCCUGUUCACAGCCGUCUACCAGAUCUGCUACGAAGGCCGCCCGCUCCAGGAGAUGCUGGCCUGCCUGCAGAGCCACCCCGAGCACAUCUAAGGGGAGCACGCCGCCUCGGCCGGGCAGCCUCCGUCCCUCCCGGUGAGCCGCUGCUCGGGCGGCAAUGGCGGUUCAUCCCGGACGCUCCUUGCCUGACAUUCUGCUCCAGACGGGAGUGCCGGGGGAUUUCUCCAAGUCCAUUCUUUUCUAGCCCAGAUUGAGAGGGAUUGGGGGUGGUCCGGUGCUGGAAGGCUCUGCGACUCCUUUCAUUGGCCGGGACGAAGGCCGUCAUGCGAAUGUUGCACAGCUCCUGGGUCCUGCGUGUGCGCCUGCCCCUCAGACCCGCCUGUGGUUUGGGGUCGUCUUCUGGAAUCAGCCUGUGGUGUAGCUUGGGAGAGUGGGGCUGUCUUUACUCUUUCUCCUUGUUUGUUUUCAAAUCGAACUCAUUCACAUUCAGUCUUGGGGUGAGGGCCCUUUUGUUUAACAAAACAACAAACACCAGUUAACCAGCAUUACUGUGGUGGGAGGGAAAGGAAGAAUAUUUAUCUGUUCGAUGCACCAAAUAUAUAAGGAGAAUGUUACCUUGUGCAGUCAAGUCCAAUCAAGAAGCAUUUAUGAAGCACCUACUGUGUGCCAGGCACCGGGAAGGAGGGAGGGGGCGGCAGUGACAAAGGCAGAAGACGGCCCCUGGAUCCGAGGAGCUUACAGUCUAAUAACAAAGCCAGCAUCGUUUUUUAUUAACACUGUCGGGGGUUUUCUAAAGAACGUUUUUAAUCAGGGUCUGCCCCCUCCAUUGUUGUAUUUCUACAUGCCUUUGCGCUAACCUACGCCUUUCUGCUCCGACCGGCGCCGUGGCUGCUGGGGGCCCGGGGCCCUCCCCCCUGCUGCUCUGCGAUGGGGCUCAGGCUUGGAGUUUUCAGAGCAGCGUUGAGAAAACCACUUGCCUCUCUCAGGCCCGAGGCCCGGCCAGCUCUGUGUGGCCUCCCAAUAAAAGGCUCACUCGCCUCGCGGUCUCCAGGCCGAGCCACCGCGGGGGGUGCGCGUCCGGCCCCCCAGGGAAGGGUCCGGGACUGCCACCUUCGGAGGCUUGGUGGAGAACCAGUCUCUCCUCCCCAACUCCCCUCCCCCCCCCCACUGUAGUCACUAGUCGAGCUGUCCUGCGAGUGUCUGCAAAGCUGUGAAAACUCCCAGGGGGAUUUUUAGCGAGACUGAAGUGGGAGAAGUCUGGGUGAUAGGCCCCGACCUUUGGGCCUCCGGCACCAGGAACCGGGACUCUGCAGACGACCGGGCCGUGGCAGGUCCAGGAGGCCUAAGAAAGAUGACCUUGGCCGUCUCUCCGUUUCUCGUUCCCAGCUCAGUCACUCUGCCCACCAGGGAUGGGGAGGAGGCAGGUGAGGCCCGAGGGUGCUCCUGGGGCCCGGCGAUGGCCACCGUGCGUGUUGGGACGGCCCCAUGUCCGGCGUAACCCUGGCUGCCUUUCCCAAGGCUUGCUGGGAGCUCGGGCCAUCUGGAACCGGCUCCCCUGCCUCCUCCUCGGUCCCUGUGAGAGACCGCGCUCUGUGACGGCCCCAUUCUCUGCUCAGAUCUCCCCCAGACCCCCUAGGAUGCAUUGCGAUGACUCAAAAGCCAACGGAACCCAGGAGGAUCAGCCUGGCGAAUGCGCACAUUAUGUCCCACUUGUGGUUUUGCUCUUUCUGGGAUUCGAAUGGGAGCGGGCCCAGCCAGGGGGCCUGACGCGGUCCCUUCAUCCCCCUCCCCCUCUAAUAUUUGACAAAUGGUGAGGGAACAUGUGAAUGUCUCAGAGCAUCCAGGGCCUGCUCACUUUUGAGAAACAUUAGCUCUUUAUUUUUGCUAUCGCUGAAAAUGAUUAUAGAUUAAUGUUUGAUGGGGUUUUUAAAAAUUCCCUUCCCCCCCUCCCCCAUAUCACUGGGCAUUUUGGAAUCAGAAACACGACACCUGUGAAAAGCACAUGAAAUUCCCCCAAGUGGACCCAGUUUCGUGCUCUUUGUCUCUUAAUUGACUACAAACCACUUGGCCGGUGGGAAGCCUUUUACAACUUUGUACGUUCUUACCAAAAAGCGGCAUUUUAGGAUCCCAAAGGGCUGUCCACUGGUCAGGGGGUCUCCUGGGGGACUCCACUGUGGGGGCCUGGGAGGCGCUCUGCAAAAGUCUCUUACUCUGGGUUUUAUACUGGAAUGGCUUUUUCUUUGGACAGGCCCCGAUCUCACACUCUCUAAUGUCCACUUAUUAAGUCUUAAACAUAUACAAGAGCCACAGAUCCUGGAGAGGGGCAGAGCCUCGGGAUUCUGGCUGUGGUCCCACCGGUUGUAGCCAUCUGUCGACCCGCUGGGACCCACGCCAGCGCCUGCUAACGAGGGUCACUGGGGAUGCCCACCGGGGAUGGGCCCCACGCGUGGCCUCCAGCAGCAGGAGCCGGGUCCUCCUCGGAUGAGAGAAGGGCCUUGUUUAUAAUGGAGUCCCACUGCGUGGACCUGAUGGGGGGCGGGAAAGGGAGGUGGUGCAGUGGCAAAGGGCUCGUGGGCAAGGAGAAUUUGGUUUCCAUUACUAAGCUUACUAACCAUUCAUUACUUCUCUGUGGAUCAUAUUUAUCUGCUGUAGAUGGGCGUAUGAUUAAAAGCUUGGUACAAUAAACAUUUUAUCCCUGAA